GUUGGUGGUGCAUCUGCUGAGAUUCGAUUGCUAAUCUACUGUGUAUGGCAGAGUCUCGUACACCCAUAAUGGUCCCCUUCAUUCCGUCUGCCAUAUAAUCAUCAUGUUCGGGUCCACCAUGUCCCUUGUAAACCCUCUUCCUCCUGCGCAACAAAGACCGGCUCUCUACCGUUCUCUGUCACAUACUAACUCCUCGAACAAGAACGACACCGCCUCCGCUGGCCAGCCUCAAAGCGCAGAGCCGAGUACUCGGCCUUCACGACCGUCCCAUGUCAGAUCGAGAUCCUAUCUCUCACCUGCAGACCCCAAACCACGGAACGCAAUCACCCUCCCGGCUGCACCCAGCGCAUUUGAGAAGACGGCAUCGCGCCUACACUUGCCAGGAACCUCGCAUCGACAUCACAAGGACAAAGACCACAAUUCCAGCGGUCAUCAACACUCACAAUCGCAUUCGCACAUAGCGCACCAUAACAAUGACUCGACACACAGCCUCCCCUUCAGACGUCACCGCCCGACCCAGUCCGAAGCACAUGCUCCCCGUCGGUUCGCUUCAAAGGAAGCUCUCUCGACCCUGCCCCAUCUGGUUGCAGGGCUCAAUGCCGAACGCGAGCGGCGCACACACGCAGGGAACAUACCUAAUCCAAUAAAUCCGACCAACCGCAGUGCAGGCGGCAGCAAUGGUCCCAACAACACGGCUGCGCAUGUCUUUGGACCCUCCGCCGCCAUGUCCAGCGACUUCCAGGCAGGCGGCCGCUACGACUACAAUGCUUCUGGAUUUCCCGAACUACGCCGGCGUGCGACGUCGGAUCCCGCCUCUCGCGACAAACUCUCCCACCCGGCUCCAGCACAUCCUCUACGCCCCAAGACCUCGCUCGAAGAAGCCCUCGAUCGUGGUGAUGCCGCCCGCGUCGCGCGGCGGAUCCAUGUCAAGGUUGAGGAUCUCCAGCGCCGCGACCAGGAACUCCGGGUGGGCGAAGACGAACUCCGCUCGCGGGUUGCAGAGAUAACCGCCACGGGGGUGGAAAUAACUCGUCGACUAGACUAUGGGUACUACAACUUGCUCGAGAAGGUCGGAAACCUGGUCAGCAUGAUUGGCAGUUUCCAGUCACUCGCACGACAGAGUGAGACGUUGAUAGGCAACUUCGAGCGCGAGAGCAAGCGGGUCGACGAAGACACGCACCGACGGGUCAAAGUUCUACAGAGCGGAUUUGAGACGAGGCAGGUGAAAGCCCGACAGUUGGCAGAGCGCGGGCAGAAGGCGAGCAUGAGGGCGCGGGAGCUGUCGGCGCGACUGGAGAAGGCUCGGGCGAAGGUCGAGGAAUGGGAAACCCGCGAAGAGAAAUUCCGCAAGGCGUGGGACCGCGUGUGGGGGAUCGUGUGGUGGACGAGCAUCGCGGUCAUCGUCAUUGUGGUGGCCGUGGUGCUGGGCAAGGAGUGGUAUUUCCACGGAGACCCCGUCAAGGCCGGGUUGAGACAGCACGGGGAGGGACACUGGAACCGGAGCUUGAGACUGGGCGGGCCCGCAGGAGGGCAGGAGAACGAGAGACUCCUUCGGCUCGGCGAGGGUGCAGGCGGUAGCAGCGACAGCAGCACCAGGGAGAACGAGACAGACACCGCAGUGACGAGGCUGAACGUGCCGGACGACGUGCGGCAGAUUCUCCUCGGCGUCGCCGAGAGGAAUCGCAUCCGGAAGAAGGCCUUCCCGGAGGUUCCCAGCAUGCUUUCCACAAACGCCCGGUUGACGACAAGUACAGAGGAAGAGCAGUGUCGUGAGGAUCCGAGACUGGCCAGCUUGGACGAGCUUUGAGUGAUCCCCGCGUUAUCACCCACCAGUUCUCCUGCUCAACCUCUUCUUUCACGAGACUACAUCUGUUUGUGUGAGCACUGUGGCUUCACUGGACGGUACAAGACGGUUCCGCCGGAUGGAUGGGAAGGGAAGGGAUUGACCCCAUGGCCAUGAGUUUAGGACAUGAUUCUGGGCAUCUUGAAACGAACAAGCGAAAAGCGAUGACGAACCCCUUUCGAGGGUAUUGAAUUAUGUUCGUUGCUGGCUUUCUUGGUUUUGUGUGCAUUGGAUGUUUGAAAAGAGAUACCCCCCCUCAGUUUGCUUGCAAGAGGAAAAUGCCUUUGAUCUUUCAAAUGAUAUCUACCUUUUGGUUUCUUGCCCAGCGGCCACACCAUUGAUUUUACACACCGAGACGAACCCCAAAAUGAUGGAGUAACAACAAUGCGUCGUUGAGACGCCGUAUCUAUCCAGUCAGUACAUUGUGAGAGGUUGAGCGGACCUCCUACUAAAUACAAGCAAAAAUUGCCGCCGAUCUCG